AUGGCCACAUCUCAGGGCUGCUGGAGCUGCCGUGUCCGCCGCAAGAAGUGUGACCGUCGCAAGCCCGUCUGCGGCAUCUGCGACACCCUUCACAUUACAUGUCAUACUGGGUCCCGCCGACCGCCCUGGCUCGAUGGUGGUGCUCAGCAGGCCAGAGUCGCCGCUACCCUCAAAGAAGAGGUCCGACAGGCUGCCGCCCAUCGCCGCCAGCGCGCCCAUAUUCUGCGCCUCGAGGAGCGUUCCUCAUCCUUUGCCCGUCACAAUGAUGAAGAUCAAGCCGACAGGAGCCAGGAAGACGAUGACAAGAGCGCGAACCACGACAGCCGUGGUCAUCAUGGCAAUGGUAAUGCCGGCCACACAUGCCUCGAUGGCUCUGCCGACUCGUCCGAGCUCGACCUUGGUUUCAUCAUGCAUUACAUGGACCAUGUAUUCCCCCUGUUCUUCCCCUUUUACAGAGCGUCCAGGCUCGAUGACGGCCGGGGCUGGCUUCUUGCACAGCUUCUCAAGAACCCCACGCUGCUUAGUACUGUUUCGUGUAUGACGCUCUUCGUCUUUUCCAUACAAGCCUCCGACACUUUCACCAAUAAGGUUGCGCCAUGCAGUGCCGUCUUAUGGGACAAGGUUACCUGCCAGCUGGAGAAGACUUUCAGCACAAUCAAAGGCGAUAUUGCCCGAUUGUUCCCCCCCACAAGCAAAUUUGCCACAUCCACCCCCAACUCCGCGUCAUUCCCAGCACACAUUUCACCAUCACCAACAAGCACCGCGGAUUUGCGCCAUGUAUGCGAACUCCUGACAAGCAUUAUCCAACUCCUCUGCUUCGAGAUCGGCACAGGCAACAGCAAGAAUUGUGUCAUUCACCUCGACGCCGCGCUCGAGCUGUUCGAUAUAAUCGUCAGGAUCUCCCUGGAAGCCACGGUCGCCGGGAACAAGGAGCAGCAGCAGCAAUGGCCAUGCCUUUCACACGUUUUUCGCGCCAUUGCUGGGCCGCCGUGGACCUUAGGCACUUACAACGGGCCCGCCCCUAGAAAUGCCGACCAGAUGGCAUUCCGCUUUUUCUCAUCUAUCCUCGUCGUAUACGACAUCAUCAUGAGUACCGCUCUGCUCAAAGCUCCAAAGUUAUAUCCAUAUCACAGACAACUACUGCCGUCCUACAAGCCAUAUGAAGCACCAUCUAAUUAUUCCUCGUCUUCGUUCGUACGCAACUACAGCAGCGGCCCCGACACGAACGGUCAUAGCAUUCAUACUACUAAUCCGAAAUUUCCAAUGGACCUGCUUGACGUUGAGGGCAUUAUUGGUUGCCAGAGUUGGGUUCUGGCGGUUGUUGGCGAGAUCGCGACACUGGCCGCGUGGAAAAAGGAACGCCAGGCACAAGCUCAACUCGACAUGGUCGAGCUUGAUAGCUAUGCCGCAGAUCUCAGAUCUGUACUCGAGACUGGCCUGGCAGAGUUGCCUGCACAUCCUUCACGGAGCACCUCGUCGAAUUCGACACCGAGAACAGCGACAACACAUGACGGUAUCAACAGUCUAAGCACCACUGGGAUGACACCGAAUACGCCUGCACAGCAAUCUUGGUCCAACACGACGCGGUCCCAUAUUGUGAACAUGACUACCCGGAUCUGGGCCGAUGCCGCCCACAUUUACCUGUCCGUAGUUGUCUCUGGGUGGCAGCCUUGCGCAGCAGUCAUCAGAAAAUGUGUGCUGGAAAUCCUCGCACUACUGGAGGAGCUUCGAGCGAUUGGCGAUCACCGUCACCGAGAGACGGAAAGGUAUGAUUGGGCGACUUUGAAGACCCUCGCGUGGCCGUUUUGCGUCGCGGGCUCCCUUGCCAAGCCUGGAUCUGAUCAAGCCAGGGUACGGGCACUUACUAAAGAUUUGGGUAGUCUUGAGAACGUCGGUACACUUCGCCUAGCUACCGAGAUCGUGGAGCUUACAUGGCAAAGCACCGCAGGGGCCUGGGGUCACUCCGAGGGGGGCGCUUUACAGGGCAUGGACCUGGCUUCCUGCUUGUGUAGGCUAGGGUAUCCAGUUUUGCUGGUAUAA